CAGUGGACAAAGUAUUGGUCUGACAAAAAGAGUGCCGUGAAGAAAAAAGCUGCCCUACGAUACCGGGCACGCAAUAAGACUGGUGGUGGAUGUGAAUCGGUGGUGGAGCUUUCAGAGGUGGAGGAGAAAAUACUUACAUUAAUGGGCGGGGAAGGUUUUGCAAUUGGUGAUAGGCAUUUGGAAAUUAAUCCAUUUGAAGAAAUCCCCGUCCUUACUGAUGCCAACGAAAGCCCCACAUUGCUGACUUCAUCUAUGAUAAAUGAAACCACAACUAUUGAAUACCAAGUCUUGGAUGAGACUGCUAUAAAUACGGAAAAUGUUAGUAUGGCAGAUACUGAGAGACCUCAACUAAUUCAGCAAUAUGUUGACUGUAUCCUGAAUCCCGAACCUUCCCCUGCUCAUACACCACCGAGAGCGGAGGUAACGAGCCCUCUGCAAGCUGUUACCCCCUCUGGCUCAGGCAACUUUCCUGCUCGACGUCAAUUGAACGUCGCGGGUCCAUCACCACGUCGUAACACAAGGUCAUCGAGUCGUCCACAACAACGGCAAAGAAGACGAUCACCUCCAUCACAAAGGCGGCAAUCUCAAUUAACAACCUUUACCGAAAGGUUUCUUAGCUUGGAAGAGCAACGGAUUGAGAUUGACCGUCGCUACUGUGAGUUACAGGAGGUGAUGGUUAACUCACAAAGGGAGACCAACAGAAUGACAGCAGAGGGCCUGAUUGCCGUCGGGGAAGGUCUUAAAUUAUUAGCUGAAAAUUUAAAAAAAUAAAAUACUUUUAUACUUAAAUACAUUUAUUAGUUCUUAACUUAUUUUAGUAGUAAAAAAUUAUCUGUGGUUUUACUUAAGUAUAGUUUCUUAAUUUACUAACAUUAGUUUAUAAGCCAUAAUUGAGUU